GCGGGGUCCGCACCAUGGGCGGCGGCUGCUGGCGGCUGCUGGGCGUCGUGUGCCCGCUGCUCCUGCACCUCGCCGCGAGCCAGGAGCCCGUCAGCAUGGCGGGGCAGUGCGACACCAUCUACAGGGGCUUCGCCAGCUGCCUCAUCAGCCUGGGGGAGAGCAUGGCCCAGAGCGUCCGGCAGCAGCAGCAGGAGGAGGGCGGCGAGGAGGCGCAGGAGCUGGACACUAUCUGCAAGUCCUGGGAUGACUUCCACACCUGCGCCAGCGAGGUGCUGUCGAGAUGCCCCGUGGAAGCGGCCACCAUCUGGGAGUCGCUGCGCCAGGAGUCCCGCAAGAUCCAGUUCCAGGGGAACCUGCAGGAGCUGUGCAGCGCCCGGGGCCGCCUGGCCAGUCCCCAGGGCUCGCCGGCCGCUGAGACCAACCAGGCCACUCUGCGGAGCUCGGCCCCCUCCCUGCACCCCCGUCUGCUGGCCCUGCUGGCCCUGCCGCUGCUGCUGGCCCGGCUGUAGCCCUGCUGGCCCGCGGGGUGCCCAGGUGAUGCCGGGUCGGUUUCCCCGGCGGCUGGCCCGUCCCCGCCAUGCCCACCUCCCUCCGGGCAUCCCUCGCGGGGCACGGUCCUCUCCCGCAGCACUUCAGAUGGAUUUAUAUUUAUA